CUUUGCCACUUUCCGGAGCAGUGUUGAUAAGGAACAUAGCGUGAUACACUGAGGACAUGCUGCUAGGGAACAGUCUGCUGAAACGCCGAACAGGCGCAUUUUAGCAGGACGACGGCAGCCCAUUUCUCCGGCUGAUCUCCACUCGCCUUAUGGAGCUUGAGGAAGAUGGAGCACCCGCUCGGAUUGAACCAGCGGCAGCCUCCAGGUCCCAUACUGCCUCCAAGGUUUAAGAUGGAUGCUGCAGACGAACCCCAAAAAAAGGUAUUUAAAGCUCGUAAAACCAUGAAAACAAGUGACCGUCAACAGUUAGAAGCUAUACACAAAGUUAAAGAGGACCUACUGAAACCCACAGAGAUGAAGCUUGUUAACGGAAACCAUGAAAAUGGUGAUUCAGACAUGAAUUCUAUUCAUAAUGAAACAGACUCUUUGGAGGACAAAAGUGAUCUAAAUGGUAUGAUUGAAAUUAACUGUGACAACAAGCAUGUUGUGAAAGUCAACCUGUCUGACCUCAAGGAUGGCUUAAAUGUUGACCAGGUUAGUGACUUUAAGCUGUCAGCUGAACUUAAUCUUCCUGAAAGUAUAGCUUGUGAAGAUGCAAGCAGGAAUGUGACAAGUGAAGAAGUUAUAAAGACUUUGAAUAGCAAUGAUCCAAUCGCUGAUGGAAAAAUUUCAGCCCUUGAUGACCAAAUUGUUUCAGAAGGGUUGCCAUUGCUUGAGAGCUUACCUGGUGAUGCUGAGUGUUCAGAAGGACAUUCUCAGUCAAACACUCUCAUUGAAGAUGAUGGAAUUGUUGAAAAAUCCUCAAAUGAUUCAGAAGAUGUAAAUCCUGUGGAAACGUCUGUUGAGAAAGAGCGUGCAGAUACAGGCACAUUUGAGAACAUACCUAUUGAUAAAGUAGAGACUGUCCCAGACAUGCAUGAUCUUGAGCCUCUUGAUGCAGAGGGCAUAUUUUGUGAUGACGUAGAAAACUCGGAGAGUUCAAAUAAGGACUCUCAAAAUGAGGAGGAUCGAAAAGAGUUUCAUGGCAGUGAAAUACAGAAGUCCAAAGAGCCUGAAGAAAAUAAUGGGAAGGAGGAAAUUGUAGCAUCAAAUCUACAAGAAAACUUGACUGAUAUGAUGGAUGUGGCAGUAUCUGAUUUUUCAGAGAAAAAAGAUGAAAGCAAACCCGAGGACAUUCCAUUAUCACAGGAUGAUGUUGAAGCCAUAUCCAGCAGUAUGGAGGUUGACCAUACUUUGAAAACUGUAGAGCAGAAUCCAACUCUUGCUGAAGUGUCUCUUGAUAAAACAGUUUCUAAUCCAGAUCCUUGCUCCGAGUCUGAAAGUUUAGAUACUAUGGAAACCGAUGAAAUUAUACCUAUUCUAGAAAAACUGGCGCCAGUGCAGGAUGAUUUACAGUGUUUUUCGAAGUCUGUAUUAAACGCUGAAAAUUCUGUUAAUCAAGAACAAGUUGAAAACUCGGUAGAUUCCCCUAGUAAACAUGUCGGUGAAAGUUUACCAAGUGAGGCAUUUUUAGUUCUUUCUGAUGAGGAAGAACCUUGUGACAUUGCACCAACCCAAGAAAUCACAACCAAUGAUGAUCAAGAUUCUAGUAUACCUACUACAACAGAACCAUCAGCUGUUAAAGAGCAGCAAGAACCACAGGAAAAAGCAUGUGAUACAGAAGCAGAGAAGAGUGAAGUCCCCCAACGAAAGCGGUCAAAGUCUGAAGACUUGGAUGGCCAGAGCUCCAAGCGUAGGCGUUUUGAAGGUGAAGAAUAUGAAGCAGAACUUAAAGUUAAAAUAACUGCAGGUGAUGAUCUCAACAGGAAGUUGCAAAAGGUGAUUCAGAGGAUGUUUGAGGAAAAACUAAGUGCCUUACAGUGUGCAGACUUUGAUAAAGCAAUAGCAGACUUGAAAACGCGAGUGGAAAAAAUUGAAUGCAAAAAACAUGAGAAUGUUCUGCAUUCCAUACAGGCUAAAAUCACACGGCUGACAAAACGCUUUGGAGCUGCUAAAGAAGACCUUAAGAGGAGACCUGAGCAAACCACAGUUAACCAGACUGCAUCACCAGGAAAGUCUGCAGUAAUGGAUUUAACUUCAAGCUCUAACUCCAAUACAGUAGGUUACAGGAGUGCAGGCACUGUGAGACAAAUGUUAGAAUCAAAACGAAGUGUGGGAGAAACAACUUCAGCAAAUUUGCAGAUGUCCACUGCUGUUCCAUCUACAUCGACUACCCCAAACACUUCUACAUUACCAUUAAGGACAUCGGCUGCUUCACAAAUACCAGUCAACCAGCCAUCCAAUAGCACGCUUCAAACCAGAGCACCACCUGAUUGGAAGCUAAUUCAGCAAAAAAUAAAUGCUCAAAACACUCAAGGUGCUCAGUCGAAACCUAAUCCACCAGUUACUUCGUCUCCAGUUAUUCCUUCUGUUCUCUCUGCAUCUAGUACUGCAACAGUUGUUGGAAAUAGUCAAGUAUCAACCAGCAGCACCCAACCAGUGUCUGUUUCCCUCCAGUCUUUGCCAGUUAUUCUGCAUGUUCCAGUUGCUAUGCCUUCCCAGUCGCAGAUCCUUCAAGGUACCACAGGGACAUUGGUGACUAAUCAGCAGUCUGGCAAUGUUGAAUUCAUCCCAGUACAAAAUCAGUCUACAAAUGGUAAUCUUACAAAGACGCCUGUGACCUUACCCGUAACAAAGGCAGUCAACAGUCCUUCAAUGCCUAGCCCAAGCAUUCAGAGGAAUUCUCCAGCCAGUUCUGUUCAAGCUAUCCCUUCAAAUCAUCCAGUUACACUAUCUUCCAGGCAAUCGCUGCCAUCUGUGGGAUCCUCUGGCAACUAUAACCAAGCUAGUAAUCGAAGUGCUGCACAGUUGAAAUCGCCGGUAUCUGGCUUUAACAGUUCAUCUGAAUCAUCUGUUGGUAGAACAGAUUUACAGGGUGGUCGGGCUUCUGCAGCAGAGCCAGCAGCAAACAAGCGUACACCUGAGGGCAGUGCACAGAGUGGUAAAUCUGCAGCUGGUGUUAUUGACCUUACCCUGGAUGAUGAAGGUCCUGAACUGUCUUCUCAAGAUUCAAGAAGGACAAGCUCUGCAACAGUGUCUGCAAAUGUUCAGCCAUCCCAAUCAGUUGGUCGUCCGUCACAGCCCUCCCAGAUUAACAAUCUUCAGUCAACCACACCUGUAGGACUAUCUUCUCAAACUACUAUACAUGUUUUACCAACAGCUCAGACCACGGUUAAUAUAACACAGCGGCCAGGAACACAAGCGGCAACAAGGGCCUCAGCUCCUCGAGCGCCACAUAUGGUUUACACUACAACUACAUUGCCCACUAUCCCUGUACAGACUCCUGUACGUAACACUGUCAUGCAAAAUCAGAACCUACGACAGAUGACCCCACAAGCAGGAGGUGUUUCUGUAAGAAUGCCACAAACCGCUGCAUAUGUUGUAAAUAAUGGAGUGCCUAUGGGCUCUGCACCACAGCUCACAGUUCAUCAUCGCCCCCCACAAGAGCAAGCAAGGCCAAUCCAUCCAGCACCACUUCCUGAGGCUCCACAACCCCAACGCCUUCCUCCUGAAGCGACUUCAACUUCUGCACCUCAAAAACCUCACUUGAAACUUGCCAGAGUUCAAAGCCAAAAUGGAAUUGUUCUUUCGUGGAGUGUUUUGGAAGUAGAUCGUAGCUGUGCUGUAGUAGAUAGCUACCACCUCUAUGCUUACCAUGAAGACCCAUCUGCAACAUCUCCUUCACAGUGGAAAAAAAUUGGGGAAGUAAAAGCAUUACCUCUUCCUAUGGCAUGCACGCUAACACAGUUUGUUUCUGGCAGCAAGUACUAUUUUGCGGUUAGGGCAAAAGACAUUUAUGGCCGUUUUGGACCAUUUUGUGACCCACAGUCAACAGAUGUUAUUUCCACCCAGAGCAGUUAAUUUGGGCCAGUGUUUGUACUACCAAUUGCCAACAUUACAUCAUGCAUGAACUUUGCUUUGUAGUAAUUACUGGGUUGAAAUAUUUCUACCAGUGUAAGAAAAUCGCCUACAACAAAGUACUAGUCUUGGGUCAUUGCCUGGACUGGUCUGCAAAACCAUUAUUGAAACUGUUUCCUCUUUUGUGUUAGUAUGAAUGUCUAUAAAUCUAAACAAAUCUAGAAUAAAACCACUGUAAUUUCACAGUUGUGCAAAACUUGUGCACAUGGCAUGGUUAUAGAUGUAAAAGCAUUUGUAUUUUAUUUUAUAGUGAGAUACAGUGCUUUGGUAUUUGGCGAGUAUAGCUCUUCGAAACAAGUAUUACAGAGUAAUUCAUACAUAUGAAGGCAAAAUUGGUAUUUUGUCCCUGCUGGCUGGGCUAGCUGGUGAGUUUUUCAUGAACAAUUAUCUAUGGCAUUUACAAAAAAACAAGGUCAUGUUUUCGCUAGUGGAUUUGUAUAUGUGUACAUAUAUAAAUAGUGUUUUUUUUUUUUGUGCCUUAAAUUUUACCUAAACUGUUUUCAGUAUUGGGUGUAAGGAUUCUCUUUGGGGAGAAAGUGAAAUCUAUCCACAUCCGAGCGCCAAAGUUUUUUGUUUUUUUCUUGUUCUCCCCCCACCCCCCCAAACAUAAUCCGCAAAUGUUUACUUUGUUUACCCUUCUCCUUUCCCUAUUAAGUUCACGUAUGCUGUAUAGCACAGUGGUCAACAACCUGCAGUUACCUUGUUAAUGUGUUUUUCAGAUGUUUUUAAUAAUAAAUUGAACAAUUCGGGAUUAGUUGCACAUAUUGCCAUUUUACAGUGUGAUUGUGCCUCCAAAAGAUUUUUUAAAUCCUAUUUGGGUAUAAAUGCAUGAAUUAAUAUGUACAGUGCAUCCUCACUAGUAAGUGAGAACAAGUAUUUUUGUAUUAGUAUAGAUUUUCCCGGCUACAACUUAACACUUUCAUUACAGGAGAAAUAGUUUUGUUAGCUAUAAUUCAGAUGAUUUGUCUGUUGUGCAAUGUAAAUCCCACUGUAUAUUUCAGAUUUUUUGUUUUUUUAAUCAAGAAUAUUUGUUACUGCAAUCGCAGUACACAGUUUUUAGGAAUGGACAUUUACUCUCCAGAAACUUGACGCUAGAUUUAACCAACUGAUAAUUCUUCCAGUAAGUUGUAAAUUCACACUCCACCUCCUGAUGUUGGAAAAUAUAAUUUUCAGUAAGUGCUGGGCAUUGGGAGAAAUACUCUGAUUGCAAGAAAUAUUGUUACAUUGUAUGUAAAUAAAAUAUUUUUUACAAAU